UCACGGAUACGUGCAUUGCUCCUCCUGGACCCACUUCUUAUUUUCACUCCAACACACAGAUACAAACUGUCUCACAUCAUUGAAAAGGGGGAGGGGGUUAUCUUCAAGGACUCCUGAGCUCAAUGUCACGCGCGGAAGGAGUCCGGUGAAAGUGUUGAAAGAAGGGAGGGAGCAAAAGAAAGGGAGAGGGCUCUUUUUCACCAGCAGAGGGCAGCAGAAGGGAAGGCAGCGCCGGGUGAGCGAGGCAGCCGAACCAGCAGCCCGAGCGAGGCAGGUUGGAGAGAGGCUAGAGCCUGGGAUCUGCUCGGCUCGCUCCAUCAGCAGCAGGAGCAGCGGCAGAAACGCCGCGGCGGCGGCGGCGGCGGCGGCGGCGGGAGCCAGUCGGGGAGCCCGAGUGAGCAGGGGCAGCGAGCCUUGGCUCCCUUCUGACUUUGCUUCUUCUGCUUUCCCCUUCGGCGAGCCUGGAGCUCCGCUCCCUCACCGACCACGUCCUCCAAGUAUGGAAGGCGCUGGGAAGCCCAACUCCUCGUCCAGCAGCCGGGACGACGGCAAUAGCGUCUUUCCUGUAAAGCCCCCCGCCUCAGGGGCUGGUGCCACGGGGGCCACCUCAGAGAAGAACCUGGGCAGCCCCCCGGGGGGCGGCGGCGGAGGCAGCACCAAGGAGCAUGGCAACUCAGUGUGCUUCAAGGUGGACGGGGGCAGCGGCGGCGGCGCGGGCGCUGGCGGAGGCGAGGACCCCAUGGUGGGCUUCGAGGAUGCCGAGGGCCCCCGGCGGCAGUACGGCUUCAUGCAAAGGCAGUUCACCUCCAUGCUGCAGCCGGGCGUCAACAAAUUCUCCCUUCGCAUGUUCGGCAGCCAGAAGGCGGUGGAGAAGGAGCAGGAAAGGGUUAAAACUGCAGGUUUCUGGAUUAUCCACCCUUAUAGUGAUUUCAGGUUUUACUGGGAUUUAAUAAUGCUUAUAAUGAUGGUUGGAAAUCUUGUCAUCAUACCAGUUGGCAUCACAUUCUUUACAGAACAAACAACAACUCCAUGGAUUAUCUUUAAUGUGGCAUCAGACACUGUUUUCCUGUUGGACUUGAUAAUGAAUUUUAGGACUGGUACUGUCAAUGAAGACAGUUCUGAGAUCAUCCUGGACCCUAAAGUUAUCAAGAUGAAUUAUUUAAAAAGUUGGUUUGUUGUUGACUUCAUCUCAUCAAUACCAGUGGAUUAUAUUUUUCUCAUAGUAGAAAAAGGAAUGGACUCAGAAGUUUACAAGACAGCCAGAGCCCUUCGAAUUGUGAGAUUUACAAAAAUUCUCAGUCUCUUACGUUUACUGCGACUUUCAAGGUUAAUUAGAUAUAUACACCAAUGGGAAGAGAUUUUCCAUAUGACGUAUGAUCUAGCCAGUGCGGUGGUGAGAAUCUUUAACCUCAUUGGAAUGAUGCUUCUCCUUUGCCAUUGGGAUGGCUGUCUUCAGUUCUUAGUACCAUUACUACAGGACUUCCCAUCAGAUUGCUGGGUGUCCCUAAAUGAUAUGGUUAAUGUCUCCUGGGGAAAGCAAUACUCAUAUGCACUCUUCAAAGCUAUGAGUCACAUGUUGUGCAUCGGUUAUGGAGCCCAAGCUCCAGUGAGCAUGUCAGAUCUCUGGAUCACCAUGUUGAGUAUGAUUGUAGGGGCCACCUGUUAUGCCAUGUUUGUCGGCCAUGCCACAGCAUUAAUACAAUCUCUGGAUUCCUCCCGGAGACAGUAUCAAGAGAAGUACAAGCAAGUGGAGCAAUACAUGUCUUUCCACAAGUUGCCAGCUGAUAUGCGCCAAAAGAUCCAUGACUACUAUGAACACAGGUACCAAGGCAAAAUCUUUGAUGAGGAAAACAUCCUCAGUGAGCUUAAUGAUCCUCUGAGGGAGGAGAUAGUCAACUUCAACUGUAGGAAGUUGGUGGCCACUAUGCCACUUUUUGCUAAUGCCGAUCCCAAUUUUGUGACUGCCAUGCUGAGCAAACUAAGGUUUGAGGUAUUCCAACCUGGAGAUUACAUCAUUCGAGAAGGAGCGGUGGGCAAAAAAAUGUACUUCAUCCAGCACGGUGUUGCUGGCGUCAUCACUAAAUCCAGUAAAGAAAUGAAGCUGACGGAUGGCUCCUACUUUGGAGAAAUUUGCCUUUUGACGAAAGGCCGCCGCACAGCCAGUGUCCGCGCUGAUACUUACUGCCGUCUCUAUUCACUAUCUGUGGACAAUUUCAAUGAAGUGUUGGAGGAGUAUCCCAUGAUGAGGAGAGCCUUUGAAACAGUAGCAAUUGACCGACUAGAUCGGAUAGGAAAGAAGAAUUCAAUUCUUCUGCAGAAGUUCCAGAAGGAUCUGAACACUGGUGUUUUCAACAAUCAGGAGAAUGAAAUCCUGAAACAGAUUGUGAAGCACGACAGGGAGAUGGUCCAGGCCAUUGCUCCGAUGAAUUUCCCCCAAAUGCCAACCCUGAAUUCCAGCACUUCAACCACUACUCCAUCCUCCCGAAUGAGGACACAAUCUCCUCCUGUUUACACGGCAACCAGCCUGUCUCACAGCAACCUGCAUUCCCCGAGUCCCAGCACCCAGACACCACAACAAGCCGUCAUCCUGUCACCUUGCUCCUACACCACUGCGGUCUGCAGCCCUCCAGUACAGAGCCCUCUGGCAGCUCGAACUUUUCAAUAUGCCUCCCCAACUGCUUCCCAGCUCUCACUGAUGCAGCAGCAGCCACCUCCACCACAGCCACCCCAGCAGCCACAGCAGCCACAGCAACCACCUCAGCCUCUGCAGCAGCAGCAGCAACAACAACAGCAGCAGCAACAACAACAGCAGCAGCAGCAACCACAACAACCACAGACACCCACCAUCUCCUCCCAGAAAAACGAGGUGCACAGGAGUACCCAGGCUCUUCACAACACCAACCUGACCCGAGAGGUCAGACCCCUCUCAGCCUCUCAGCCUUCUCUGCCUCAUGAGAUCUCCACUCUGAUUUCCAGACCUCACCCCACAGUAGGAGAGUCUCUAGCCUCCAUCCCACAGCCUGUCUCUGCCGUCCAUGGCACAAGCAUUCAGGCAGGGGCCAGGGGCAGUGUCCCCCAGAGAGUCACCCUCUUCCGACAGAUGUCUUCAGGAGCAAUCCCUCCCAAUCGAGGAGCCGUCCCAGCCCCGCCACCAGCAGCAGCUACACUACAGAGAGAUUCCUCCACAGUCUUAAGUUCAGACCCAGAAGGAGACAAACCACGAUUUGCUUCAAAUUUAUGAUCCCUGCUGAUUAUAAAAGCAGCAAGUACUGUUAUUAACUGAGACUUUCCCCCAGAAACUAUUUUAAUCUAUGUCCUGAAUAGGUCCCUGUAGUCUACUCUAAAGAAAUAUUUUAGACAGCUCUACCCUACAUACAAAAUGUAAAUAUAUAUACAUAUAUACAUAAUAUACAUAUAUAUUUAAAGUUCCCCAAAGAAAUUUAAAAGACCUGUUUAGGAUUCAGUGUUAUGUCUUCAUUUCUUGAAAUCAUUAAAGGAGUCUAAAUUUUGUUGUAAGAUUAUUUAUUUUUAACUUUCAUCAACUCAAAACUUCCUUUGAUAUAUGUAUUUCUCUAUUUUAUGAACAAUCCCUAGAUCAAAUGAAAAAAAUAAAAUCACCAUAACCUUCUUAGGUAAAAAGACAAUGUUAACUCUGAUAAGAACUUUACUUUUAAGAAGGUAAUUCAAAUGAGCUAGUGAACAGCAACUAACAAAAAUUUCUUUAAAUAAAAAACAACUUCCAUUAAUUGCAUUUCCAUCUCCAAAUUGUGAACAAUGAUUUCAUAGUGUAUUCAUCAGCAGGUCCCAUUUUCUAGAUCAUACUGUGUUUUGGUGCUUUCCAUUCUGAAUUAGGUUGAAGAACACCAUCGACUGAAACCAUCUCCAGUAGAAAGACUUUCGCAAUCACUGCUCUGGAUAGUUCCAACUGCAAACAUGGUUAUUAAUCUUGUUUCUGAAAGCUGAGUGAACUACUGUCUCUGUACUGUGAUGCCAGACAUUUAUGAAGGAAGACAACGCUCAAUAAAUGUCAGUUUUAAGUAACUUUUCUGACCCAAACAAAAAAAUAGCUUCGGUGUGGUAUGCCAUGGCAAAGUCAUUGUUUUGGAAUUGAGUAUCAUCUCUACACUUCAAAACAUAGUUUUAAAUUUUACCAAACUUAACUGUGACAACUAUUCAAAUGUAAUCCAACAGCUUGAAACAUACACUGUUACUUUUACUUGAGAUGUUUUUUAUGCAAAAUUAUAUGCUUGAUCCUACAAAUUACUUGUAUUUCACUCAAACCAUCACUUUUCUUCUUCCUUGCCAUAAGCAAGUAUCUGGAAAAUAUUCCCUGCAUGCUUUUUGGGGGGAAAAAUAGGUUCAAUCAGUCAUUGUAGGGAAAAAAAGCUCACAGUACUUCUUGGCUUUAUAAAAGUAAACAUUCAUAAAUUGUGUCUACCUUUAAAUUCCUAUAAUGCUGGUUUGGAAUCUCUAACUUAAGUCUAGAAGUGAGAUUUUAUUUUUAUUAUUAUUUAAAGGGUCAUUUGUAAACACAGCUUGAUUUAGAAUUUCAAGUUCAUUCUGUGUCUUCACUGUAGUUGGUAGUUAACUGUGGUGUUACUUUAAAAGAAAUAAAUACAAUAUAGCAUUAAGUCUGUUUGGGAAUGCACAAUUUGCUCUGUGUAUAGUAUAACUAAGUGGAUAGUCAAUCUUAAGGCAUGUAGUGUCCUACAUAACCCAUAGAUAGAAGGUUUAUUAUUUUAAGUGUCUACAAUAGUAGGGAAAAGUUACAGAAAGCAGGGUUAAAGCUUUACUGUUGUAUGAAUGUUUCUUUCCUUUGCUCAGAUCUUCCCAUGAUCUUAUAAAUUGGUCAUUGUUUAGUUUCUUCACAACAGAUGUUCCUAAGUAAUCAUUUGUGCCUACUUUCUCAUGGUAAAUAGUGGAUAACUGGAACAAAAUCUGAAGAGUCCUGUUAAUCAACUAUUGCAAAUACCAAACACACAUCCCAACCAAUCCACCUUAAGGAAUAUUCUAAAGGGAAGGUCUUGAAGUUUCUUUAAUGCUGAUAUAAAGUGAAUGGAGGAGUUACACACUACCAUAUACCACACAUCAAGAUGUAUUAUUGAGAGCAGAAUAAAUAUACUAGAGUAGACAGAGUUUAGAUCUAUGAGGCCUGUUAUGCCUUUUACUGAAAUGGUACUCGAGGAAUACAAAAAAACGAAAACAAAAAAAGUUAUUUUUAAAUUUCUAACAAAUUUCCAGUCAUGGAAAUAACUACCAAUAGUAGUCAAUACAAUGUUAACCUUAAAGUGCUGCUGAUAUCUGAUGGCAUGGGAAUAAUGAAUAAGAAAGAAAUUGUAUAGACUGUAAAUAUAUAUGUAUAUAUGUGUGUAUGCAUACACAUAUAUAUGGAUACACUGCAAGACCACUUACUUAACAGAACCAAAAUUUUUAUUUUAUUAUGAAACUGAAAAAUAUAUUUGAAUUGUUAAGAUAUUUUGGUCCUUCAAACUAUUUAUAGUUUACAUUUGAUAGGAGUGAUAGGUUUAGUAGUGAAAUAUUUUUAUAUAUAAUUUUUUUUUUAAUUUUGAGCACUGGAGAAACAUUAGUAAAAUUUAUUUGCAUGGUCUUUCAGUGAAAUGAUAAACUUUUUAAUGACUUUGUAAUAGAAUGGACAAAAUCUAGGGUUUGUAUGUUAAAACAAUAAAAAUGGUACAGGGUAUAAAUCAUAUACAUAUUAUAUACAUAUGUAUGAAUGUGUGUGUACGUAUGUAUAUGUGUGCGUGUGUGUAUACACACACACACUAAAGGGGAAAAUGGAGCCACAUUCCUGUAAUAUAAAAUUCAUACAUUGCAAGUUGAAGAAGUGACCUAUUUUCUCUGUACAUACAUAAACCCAUAGGUAUGGAAUUUCCCAUUUGUACAGAAUUUAAUGUAUUAAUGGAAAGGUUGAAUCUACUGCUGCUGGGAAGACAAUAGAACUAUUGAUUUUUACAAUGACUGUAUGAUCAGGGACAAGUUAGAUUUUUUCUUUUGUCUUUGCUCAAAGCCAUAAAUAUAUACAUAUAUAUAAAGAUUAUUAAUAAAUUGAACAGAAAAUAAGCUAAGAUCAUGAAUUUUUUAUUUGACCAAUGCAAUAUACUCAAACAUUGUACUUUACUAAUGAGCUGGGCAUUGUCUUUUUUCUUUAUUUCUGAUGACUGCUAAGUGAGUUUUGGUUGGUAUGCAACAUUAAAUUUUAAUUGUUUAUAUGCAGUAGCAGCAGGGGGAAAAUUUUUUGCCAUUCAUUUGACUCAGCAUUGAAUUCAAAGGCUAAUUUGAUUCUUGAGUGUAAUCUCUUUUCUGUGGCACCUCUGCUUGUGCUUGCUGUCCAGUUUUAAAAUCUAGGCUGCCCUAAUUCCAUUGCAAUUCACUUAUAUAGACUUAUUCUGUUGCAAUUUAGGGCUUCCCAAAGGAUUUGCAUAUUGAUGGGACAUCUCUACUACACAAAUGGAUUUUGAAUCAGAUACAAAAGUAUAAAAGGGAGUAAAAUCCAGGGAGAUUUCAUUACAGAUAGAAAAGCACUUAGAGGAAUGCAGACAGGACAGUAGUAGGGCUUAUUCACUAAAUGCAAAUCCUAUUGACCUAGACCUCCGUAGUCCACUUGUAAUUGAAUAAUUCUCUGAAGUGCAAUGCUCCACUGAAAACAAGUGGGUCCUUUUGCAGUUUUUAUAUCUUUAUGUCAAUCAGAUCUUCAUGUUAGUAAUAAGCACAUAGCCAAAUUAUAUUAAAUACAUACAUUUUUAAAAAGCAGAUGAUUUAUCUUGUAUGAUUGUGGCCCGUGUUUUAUUUUUGUUAACCAUUGAUAGAUUUUUGGGGGGGAGUCUAAAUUGUUUAUAUAUGGAAUUGCAACUAUUUCCUAUGUUUGCUUGUUUGUUUUAAUAAUUACUAAGCAAAUG